AGGAGGAGGGGAAGGAUGGGCUCUGAGGCUUGGAGGCAAAGGCGAAGUGUGGGGGGAGAAGGGACACGCUUUCACUUUGACCUUGGUCCCCAGGCAGGAAAGGACCUGGAGAGAUGCCAGCAGCAGGCAGAUGAAGUGACUGAAAUCAUGCUGAACAACUUUGAACGGGUCCUGGAGCGGGAUGGCAAACUAGCCGAAUUGGAGCACAGGUCCGACCAGCUCCUAGAUAUGAGCUCCGCCUUCAGCAAGACCACCAAGACCCUGUCCCAGAAGAAGCGUUGGGAGAACAUCCGGUGGCGAGUGAUACUGGGCGUGGUCAUUGGUAGCUUAUUGGUAGUCAUUCUCAUCACGCUGCUGGUCAUCUAUGGAGGCCAGCAGUGAGCCUCGGCUGUUGGGGCAGGGGGAUUCAUCCACGGCCAGAACUCGGGGGAAGAGAGGCCAAUCCCAGCCUGACCACCAAGCCUGUGUGCCAGGAGGCCCCGAGAACCACGGAUGGCAAUGGAGUUGGAAAAACUUUGGGGACUUUUCAUUGGUGAACUUGGUUUCACGCUUGCACCGUUACUAGACUUUGAUGCUUUGAGUCUUGCUGACCCUGAGCCCUACAGGGUCCAAGCCACAUUGCUCCCUUGCUAGGCCGUACAGCGUUUAGUAAAUACCACGAUUGGGUAAAA